AAUGGCCCUUGCAUUAGGACUGCAGCUACUGGAUAGGUCACAAUGCAUUCUGAUUUUGACUUGUGCAUGUGCAAAAAUGAUUAUUUCCAUGCAAGGGCACGUUUUUGUCUGUAAAUCGCUAGGGGACUCCAGCGUGGUGAUGCAUGGACACACACUCACUCGCUCACACUGAGUCAACUAGAUGAAUGUACCGCACAGGAUGUUGCAGCCCAUCACAGGCAACGGUCCCAGCGCAAGCCGCGGCCUCGGGUUGAGCGGCCACCCGGGAAUGCAUUCCCUCAACCCGGUACACCCGUCCUCGCAACACCGCCCCGACGGAGGAGACCCCGGGGGCCUUGAAGGUACCGAAAACGGACACGACAACCGCCGGGACAUCGGUGAUAUCCUGCAACAGAUCAUGACCAUCACAGACCAAAGUUUAGACGAAGCUCAAGCAAAAAAACACGCUUUAAACUGUCAUCGGAUGAAACCGGCUUUAUUCAGUGUGCUGUGCGAAAUAAAAGAGAAAACUGGUCUUUCAAUGAGAAACGCUCAGGAAGAGGAACCUCCAGACCCACAGAUUGUGCGAUUGGACAAUAUGCUGCUAGCUGAAGGUGUAGCCGGUCCAGAAAAGGGGGGCGGAGCCGCUGCAGCUGUCUCUGCCGCGACCAGCUCUGGCGGGAUGUCACCUGACAGCUCAUUGGAGCACUCUGACUAUAAAAGCAAAUUGAGCCAAAUUCGGAACAUAUACCACACAGAGCUGGAAAAAUAUGAGCAGGCCUGCAGUGAGUUCACCACACAUGUUAUGAACCUGCUGAGAGAGCAGUCUCGAACCCGGCCUGUAUCUCCCCGUGAGAUCGAGCGCAUGGUGGCUAUCAUCCAUCGAAAGUUCAGCUCCAUACAGACGCAGCUCAAACAGAGCACCUGCGAAGCAGUUAUGAUACUGCGCUCACGGUUUCUGGACGCCAGGCGCAAACGGCGUAAUUUUAGUAAACAGGCCACAGAAGUACUGAACGAAUACUUCUAUUCACAUCUCUCGAACCCGUACCCGAGUGAGGAAGCCAAAGAAGAGCUGGCCAAGAGCUGUGGCAUCACCAUUUCUCAGGUGUCCAAUUGGUUUGGCAACAAGAGGAUUCGCUAUAAGAAGAACAUCGGGAAGUUCCAGGAAGAGGCCAAUCUGUACGCCAUGAAGACGGCAUUAGGAGCGACACAGAGCGAGGAUUCGCCCCACACUCCAAAUUCUACUGGAUCAGGGUCGUUCUCUCUCUCUGGGUCAGCUGACUGCUUCUUAGAAGUUCCUCCAAUGAAUGGCGAGCAGCCUCCCUAUCACAUGGGUGCUCAGACUAAUGGUAAUUGGCAAGAUCAAAACACACCACCCUCCGCCACUUCACCCGGAAGUGAUCACUCCGACAACUCUGACUGAUGAACUCGACUCUAUCCACUGACAGCUGGCUCACAUUCGGAGGACUAAAGUAAUGAAAUAAUGGUGGUCAUACUAUUACCCAACUGCAGGUUUUUAUUUUGUUUUGCCUUUUUUUUUUUUAUUCUCAUUAUUGUACUUUACAUUGAACCUCAUUCACAAAACACAAGUAGGAUGAAUUUGGAUAACUGGUUUGUAAAACCAUCCUUACAAAUUUUCACCGUCAAUUCUUGGUGAAUAUAACAAAUUUCUCUAAAUCGUAACACCAUUCACAUUUUUUCACAAAUAAUUUAUUACAGAUAAAUUUGUGUAAAUCCGCUCAAAAAUGAUUGCUUUCAAUUCAGUGCAAGCAGAAUGUGUUUCUUGUGUGAAUGAAAUCGUAACACCAUUCACAUUUUUUCACAAUUAAUAUAGUAGAGCAAAUUUGUGUAAAUCGUUCAUAAAACCAUACUUGCGUAAAUUUUUGCAUUCAAUUCAGUGCGAGUAUAAUGCAUUUCUUUUGUCAAUCAGAAAAACAUGAUGUAAAUGUUUGCAUUAAGUUAACUGAAAGCAGAGUAAAUUUCUGUGUAAAUCUUUUUACAAACCGUCUUGUGUAAAUCGCUCAAAUAACCAAUAGUACGAAAUUUUCCACAUUUAAUUCACGCGAGCAGCACAAAUUUCUCUAUAAAUCAUUCAUAUUACUAUCUUGCAUACAUUUUCACAUUUUAUUUAAUGUGAGUAGGGUGAAUGUCUAAAUUGCUCA